AUGGCCAAGUUCUCCCUUCUCACGGCGGUGUUGGCGCUCGCCUCCUCUGUUGCAGCCCAGUGCGGUGCCGGCGCGCCCGAUGCCAGAGUCACGGGCUCCGGGAGCUCCUUUGUUGCUACGAGGGGCUCGAGCCAGGUCUACGCCGGCUCCGACUACCGCGCCGCCAUCCAGGCCGCGGUCGACUCCAUCGGCAGCGGCCAGCGCGUCUCCGUCAUGGCCUCGGGCUCCAUCGGCGCCAGCACCAUCAGCAUCGGCGGCGGGAAGACGUUUGAGGGCUGCGGGACCAUCAAUGCCGUUUUCCGCAACGGCCGCGGCGCCAUCGAGGUGCUCAACGCCUCGGGCGUCAGGAUCCCCUACCUCACGAUGACGGGCAACCCGUACUUCGGCCUGCGCUUCUACGGCACCAGGGACCUCACGCUCGGCGCCAUCACCAUGAACCUCAGCGGCGGCCUCGGCAUCCGCUUCGACCGCGACCAGGCGGCCAACUCCAACGUCAGGAUGGGCACCAUCACGGUCAACGGCGCGGGCAGCCACGCGGUCGAGACGUGGAACGUCGACGGCCUCACCAUCGAUCAGGUCAUUGCCAGGAACUGCGGCGAGUCCGGGCUGCUGAUGCAGAAGACGACCAACGCGCGCGUCGGCCUCGUCGACGGCAACAACGUCGGCGCCGGCACGGGCUACGGCACCCUGCGCUUCGCCAACAACAACGGCCAGCUCGCCAACGGCGCCUACACCACCAACGUCUUCGUCACGAGGGUCGUCUCCCGCGGCGGCGGCCGCGGCAUCUUCUGCGUCUCCCAGUCGGGCGGCGCCGAGAUCGGCACCAUCGACCUCGCCAGCAACGGCAACAACGCCAUCCUGAUGGAGAACUGCUACGGCGUCACCAUCAGGGGCGGCACCGUCAACGGCGGCGGCGAGGUCCGCAUCUCUGCCCGCAGCGAGUUCCCCAACACUCGCGACAUCUCCAUCACCGCCAGGGUCGACGGCACCAGUGUCCGCGAGUCCCCUUGCGGUACCAACAUCAGGUGGAACCUCUCUGGCAACGGGGCUCGUAACAUCUGCUAG